AGGAGUUCUCAGUGGGAGGUUUUGUGGUGGAGGGAGAGACAGUGCCAGGGGGAGGUGAUGGGGGGGAUGGGUAAGCUGGAAGACAUGAGGGCAGAUUGGGCACAGAGGAAGACCAUGGAGACACACGUUAUCGCGGCUCCUCCCGAGCUGUUUGGAGUGGAGACGGUGUAUGAUCGUCUGGAGGAGUACAUGAGAGAAGAAGGUCCAGUUCUUCCCCUGCUGCUCACCGGACACCCUGGCCUCGGGAAGUCAACUCUCCUCGCCAAAUGGAUAGACAGGAUGGAGAGAGGAGGGAGCAAAACCAAUCUCAUUCUCUAUCACUUUGUCUCGUGUCUGGGGUCGUCCAGUGCUGAGCCCGGAGUCAUUUUCGGGAGACUGCUCAAGAAGGUGAACUUGUACACAUGCACAUGCAAGGUUGAAAUGCAGGCUUAAUAGUCACAAGUCAUCUUUGAAGGGACUAUGGCAGU